CUAAUCCUUUUGUUCAUGAUUCUCUCAUGAGAUUAAGGAAGCGUCGCCAAUGCUUUCCUUCUUGCUCUUCUCUUCACAGAGUUGAUGAGGAUGAAGUUCACUGGAGACGAAAGAAAGCCCGUCUAGAGUUGGAAUGGCCACACAAUUCCACUCACCUCAUAUCACAGUUAGCUCAAUGUUUUACUAAUGCUAUGGUUGGACCACGAUCAUGGAUAGGAGGGCUCUUCAAUCGCUUCGGCAAGCGCACUGAGAAGUUUCUUGACUACACUUUGAAUCCUAUUCAGCAACAAAGACUUCGAAGGCUUCAAGAACGACUACACGUUCCCUUUGACGAGACUCAUCCCGACCAUCAGAAAGCUCUCAUAAAAUUGUGGAACAUUGCCUUUCCCAAUGUUGUUCUAACAGGCUUGAUCUCUGAACAGUGGAAAGAGAUGGGGUGGCAAGGUGUUAAUCCAUCAACCGAUUUUCGGUACGCUUCUGUCAUUUUCGUUUUACGACUUUUUAACUUGCUAUCUGUACAUAGAGGUAUCUAG